AAAAAUAAAUAAAUAAAUAACAACUAAACUCAUUGCCGCUCCUGUGCAGGCAAACUGUAUGCCACAGCGUUGCUACCAUUCCGGCUAACAAUGACGACAGCAAUUAAUCUGUUUCAAGUCAGGAAAAGGUGAUUAGCAUCGCGGGCGCACUUCACGCCGGCACAAGUGGUACAAUUAAAUUAAUGGAAUUAGUAAAACAAAUUCGCUACGUUAGGUGCCGCCCAUUGACAAUGCCGGCUGGCAUUAAACGAGUACCACUUCGACAACUUCGUGGGUAUUGUAAGUUAUAUAGUCAAUAGUAAUCAGAAGUCAAAUAUUCAAAAAAAAAAACAAAUGUAUUAAAACUUACUUGUGUGAAGUGACAAAUGCUAAUGUAUGCAAAUAUGAAACAGCGAAAGUCUACGCCCAGCAGCCAGCAGCCGGUACAACUGGAUACCUUCACCUUGUUGCACCUGCGCCUAUAUCAGUUCCUAGGCCUGUGCUCAGUGCCAUUGCAAUUGAAAUGCGACCUCGCCACAGUCAAUCAACACCCGCAGCGUUCCAGCACACAUCCAACUUGGUGGUUCCUGCUGAUUUGGCAUUGUUUGCACUUCAUAUUCUUUGGUUUGCUGCAGUUUUGGACAAGCACCAAUCAUGAUUCAGUACUCUACAAUAGCGAUCGUUUUGGAAAAUUCAAUGACAUUCUAAAGUUGAUUGCCACGAUCUCUGCCCAUUUUGUAAUACUCAGCGAAACAAUACUGCAGCGCAAAUAUAUGCAAAAGUUUCUCAUCACCUACUCACAACUCCAUUGCAGAUGGAGUUUAGGAACUUACCGCGAAGAAUACGGCCUUUAUAGGACAUACGUAUGGAAAGUUAUUAUUUCUACUGCCGUUUAUUUGAGCAUUGUUGUUAAUUAUACGCAGUCGAUCGCCACGCGUCGUCAGUGGUUAACGUUUUUCUUACCUUUUAUACCGAGUGGCUUCAUUUGCCACUUUCGUUCAAUAGAAAUUAUGUAUUUUAUGGAUAUGUUACGCAUCGAAUUGGAACAGCUCAAUAAGAAUGUAGAGCGGCUGGUACUUUUUAGUCAGCGUAAAUUCCAAACGAGCGCACAAAGGCUGGACUAUUUCGAGCAGACGAUUUGUGAUGAGUUGCAGACGCUAAUGAAGAACUAUGAAGAUAUUUACGAAAUGAGUGUUUUGCUGAAGAAAGCUGUGGGUGCAUCUAUCGCUUGUAACUAUGUUAAGGAGUAUGUAAUGAUUUUGUCCGAAUGCUACUGGUCCUAUUGGAUGAUAUACACAGGACAGGACAUAAUUGAGUACUCUUUGAUAGUUCCUUCUGCCAUGACCAUCUUUCUUUUGUUAAUAACGUCACGAAAUUGUAUGCGAUCGGCAAAUUUCCUAGCACACAAUGUGCACAAAAUACGUCACGACUUAGAAGAUCUCAACAUCUCAACGCGGCUACAAAGCUUCACUUUGCAAAUACUACACCAGCGAAUCAUAAUCGAUGGGAUUGGUUUCUUCGUGCUGAAUUGCAAUAUGGCAAGAGAUGUGCUGGGUUCAAUAGCCACUUAUAUGCUCUUCUUUAUACAGUUUAUGCCCAAGUUCAAAAAUAUCUAAGGCACAAAACUACGAUUGCGUGCAAACAUUUGUAUGUGCACAUAAGUACGUAGAAGAAUUUCUUUUACAAUGUAUCGCUUAGAGCACAGUUUAAUGCUGCUGGUUUCAUACAGGGUGGUGCGAACAUACGCUUGUUUUUUGAAUCAUAGCUAGUGUUGGCGCCGUAACAGUCAGAAAUAUUGCAAAAGUAUUUCCAAACUGAGUGCUGUGUUGGUCAGAGCGUGUUGGCCGAAGGGAAGCACCCACUAUGCCAAAAGUUUAUGCAAAAAAUAUGUGAUGAAAUUUCGCUAAUAAAUGACACUGACAAAUAUUAAAGAGUGGUGCCUCGUUACCUCGUUGUUUGCUAAUUCGGGGUCGGUGAUCACGAAAGUGAGUUCCCUUUAAAAUUCAAAAGAAUCGUAUCUCGAAAACGAUUCUUUUGAAAAUUAAAGGGAACUCAUUUUCGUGAUAAGCGACCCAAAACAUUUAUUUUCUAGAUCUU